GCUGAGCACCGCCAGUUUCCCCGACCAGCACGGAAAGUCGCGAAAGCCCCGUCCCUCCAUCUCCAUUUCAUCAAGACAGGCUUCCCACGCGCUUUUCUCAACACUACCCCUCCGUUUGGGGCCCUUCUCCCCUCCUCAACAUCGCGUUGGGCCCCCUUUUUUUUCCCUUUUGGCUGAUUCUCCUGUUCGUCGCCUACCGCCCUGUGUCCCUCCCCCCGACCAGCUAAACAUCACGAAACCUUUCGCCAAGGUCCUGAUACUGGCCGCUACCAGUCGCAUUCAUCGACAAAGAGAGCUCGCUGGGCCUGGACCUUGAUAAUUUGCGCGCUUUGUCGCCCUGUGCGCGCCCACCGACAAUUGUCGUCACGAUUCUCUUUUCCCACGUGUUUCUCUUGCUCCCUGAUUUGGACCUUGUCGCAUCAAACCCUCCCUCAACGUGCCUUGUCUGUUUAUGAAUAGAACAACAACGCGCUAAACCAUGGCUUCUCUUCAAUCAGCUCCCAACAUGGCGGCUGGGAAUAUGAGCCUGCCACCAAAUCUCACUCAGCAACACAUUCAAGAGGUGCUUCAGAAAUUCAAGCAAAUGCAAGAACAAGGCGUCCGUCAUGACGAUCCUGAAUACCUCAAGGCCCACAAUCUUCUUUCCGCUGUUCAACGACAACAAGCCUUUCAGAAACAAAAACAGCUGGCGCAACAACAGCUUCAAGCGCAACGCCAACAACAGCUCAAUGGCGUUCAGGAUUCUGUCGCGCCAAAUGGAAUCAAUGGGCGAAACAACUCUGGCGUCUCUGCUAAUAAUGCUAUUCAAGAUGCUGGCUCGACACCCACAGGUCAACAACAGCAUUCGCAAAAGGGCGCGCCUGUUGCUAGUGGUAGCUUCUCUGCAGAGCAACUGGCGAUCCUCCGAAACCAAAUAAUGGCAUUUAAGAUGUUGUCGAAAAAUUUACCCAUACCCGCUCGUGUUCAGCAACAGCUUUUCACAUCCAAGAAGGCCCACACUCCUGCACCCUCUGAGAGCGUUACCGCAGCCCAGAAUGUACUGGAAGGUGUUGCUCAAGAGAAACCAGAUCAAGCUGCACUUGCUGCGGAUACGUCUAAUUCUAGAGAUUAUUACGAACACUUUAAGUCGCCUUAUGAUCUGAUCCCUAAGACAAUCACUUUCACUGAUCACGCCUCUCGCGCUCAUCGCCCGCGUAUUCCAGCCUUGAUGCCCCCGGGCAUUGACCUGGAGCAGGUGCGAGAGGAGAGGGAAAUUGCUCUCUAUAACCGAAUAAACGCACGAAAGGAAGAAUUGGCUGAACUCCCCGUCAACAUUGGCGUAUGGGACUCUAGUCAGAGUGAUGCCGCUACUCCUGACGACUCGCUCAAAUUGAAAGCCCUGAUCGAGUACAAGAUGCUCAACCUGCUACCCAAACAGAGGCUGUUCCGCAAACAAAUACAAAAUGAGAUGUUUCACUUUGACAACUUGGGCAUGACUGCAAACCGUGCCAGCCACCGACGCAUGAAGAAGCAGUCCCUGCGGGAAGCUAGGAUUACUGAGAAGCUUGAGAAACAACAGCGUGAUGCUCGGGAGACUAGAGAGAAACGGAAGCAGUACGAUCAGCUUCAAGCGAUCCUCAAUCAUGGAAUCGAGCUUCAGAACGCUGCUAAUCAGCAACGUACACGCAUGCAGAAACUGGGCCGCAUGAUGCUGCAGCAUCAUCAGCAUAUGGAGCGCGAAGAGCAGAGACGUGUUGAGCGUACUGCUAAACAACGUCUCCAGGCGCUGAAGGCUAACGAUGAAGAGACCUACAUGAAACUGCUCGGACAAGCUAAAGAUUCUCGUAUCUCUCAUCUCCUCAAGCAGACCGACAACUUCCUCAAGCAGCUUGCUGCCUCUGUACGAGAACAACAGCGCAACCUGGCUGAGAGAUAUGGUGAAGAUAGUCAAUUCUACGAGGACGAAGAUGAAGACCUUGAAUCUGGAAGCGAUGGGGAAGGCGGUGACAAGAAGAAGAUUGAUUACUAUGCUGUUGCACAUCGUAUCAAAGAAGAAGUUACUGAGCAGCCUGCGAUCCUUGUUGGCGGUACUUUGAAGGAGUACCAGAUGAGAGGUUUGCAAUGGAUGAUUUCUCUCUACAACAACAAUCUUAAUGGUAUCCUGGCAGACGAGAUGGGUCUUGGUAAGACCAUCCAGACCAUCUCCUUGAUUACCUAUAUCAUUGAGAGAAAAAAGAACAAUGGCCCUUUCUUGGUCAUCGUUCCUCUAAGUACCCUGACCAACUGGAACUUGGAGUUUGAGAAGUGGGCACCGUCCGUCUCGAGGGUUGUUUACAAGGGCCCACCCAACGCCCGUAAACAACAGCAGCAGCAAAUUCGCUGGGGCAACUUUCAGGUUCUGUUGACGACUUAUGAAUACAUCAUCAAGGAUCGACCGAUCCUGAGCAAGAUUAAAUGGACCCACAUGAUUGUUGACGAAGGCCAUCGUAUGAAGAAUACACAGUCCAAGCUGAGCAGCACUCUAUCGCAAUACUACGUCAGUCGUUACCGUUUGAUUUUGACGGGUACCCCGCUGCAAAACAACCUGCCGGAACUAUGGGCGUUGCUGAACUUUGUUUUACCUAACAUCUUCAAAUCCGUGAAGUCUUUCGAUGAAUGGUUCAACACCCCGUUUGCUAACACCGGUGGCCAAGACCGCAUGGAACUGAAUGAAGAAGAACAGUUGCUCGUGAUUCGUCGUCUGCACAAGGUCCUCCGACCCUUCUUGCUCCGACGUCUGAAGAAGGAUGUCGAGAAGGACUUGCCCGACAAGCAAGAGAGAGUCGUCAAGUGCCGUUUCUCUGCUCUGCAGGCCAAGUUGUACAAGCAGCUUAUGACACACAACAAGAUGGUUGUCAGCGAUGGAAAGGGAGGCAAGACUGGCAUGCGUGGUCUCAGCAAUAUGUUGAUGCAGCUGCGUAAGCUUUGCAACCACCCUUUCGUUUUCGAGCCAGUUGAAGAUCAAAUGAACCCGUCUAGAGGGACAAACGAUCUUCUCUGGCGUACCGCAGGAAAGUUUGAGCUGCUUGAUCGAAUCCUUCCUAAAUUUAGGGCUACCGGCCACCGUGUCUUGAUGUUCUUCCAGAUGACACAGAUCAUGAACAUUAUGGAGGAUUUCCUCCGUCUCCGUGGAAUGAAAUACUUACGCCUUGACGGAUCUACCAAGUCCGAUGAUCGUUCCGAUCUGUUGAGGCUUUUCAAUGCGGAAGGCUCGGACUAUUUCUGUUUCUUGCUUUCGACACGUGCAGGUGGUCUUGGUCUGAAUUUGCAGACUGCGGACACAGUCGUCAUCUUUGACUCGGAUUGGAACCCUCACCAGGAUCUUCAGGCCCAAGAUCGUGCUCACCGUAUUGGACAGAAGAACGAGGUCCGGAUUCUGCGGCUGAUUACUUCCAAUUCCGUCGAGGAAAAGAUUCUUGAGCGUGCGCAAUUUAAGCUUGAUAUGGAUGGCAAGGUUAUCCAAGCUGGAAAGUUCGAUAAUAAGUCCACCAACGAAGAACGAGAUGCCCUCUUGCGUACACUUCUUGAAACAGCCGAAGCCGCCGAUCAGAUCGGAGAACAGGACGAGAUGGAUGAUGAUGAUCUGAACGACAUAAUGGCCCGAUCGGAGGAAGAACUCGUAAUCUUCCAACGCAUUGACCGUGAACGACAAAAGAACGACCAGUACGGACCCGGGAAGAAACUGCCCCGUCUCAUGGGAGAAAGUGAACUUCCUGAAAUUUACGUCACCGAGGAGAAUCCGACUGUUGAGGAGGCUGAGGUUGAGUACGUUGGGCGUGGUGCGCGUGAGCGCAAGGUUACUCGGUACGACGACGGUCUCACUGAAGAGCAAUGGUUGAUGGCGGUGGAUGCCGAUGAUGAUACUAUUGAAGAUGCGAUUGCUAGAAAAGAGGCUCGGGUCGAGCGUCGCCGUAUCAACAAAGAGAAGCGCAGCCGCAAGGUACAAGGUGAAUCCUCGCCGGAGCCGUCUCGCGAGAGUUCUGAGACACCCCAACCGAAGAAGCGCCGCAGAGGCCCUGCCCCCAAGAGGAAAGCUGAGGAGCAGGUAGAGGAGACUCCUCAACCUAAGCGUAAGAGGGGUAGACAGGCUAAGCCUAUUGAGACUUUGAGCAGCGAAGAUCGGGCGAUCCUACAGCAGAUCGUCAACAACGUUUAUCAGGCAUUGAUGGAUAUGGAGCAAGAGCUCCCAGCCGAUUCGUCCGAUAGCGAAGAUGGACCCGUUGCCCGGUCUAUCAUCGAACCGUUCAUGAAACCGCCGCCCAAGUCCCAGUAUCCCGACUACUAUAUGAUCAUCCAGAACCCGAUUGCUAUGGAGAUGAUCCGGAAGAAGAUCAAUCGCGACGAGUAUCAAAACCUAAGAGACUUCCGGAACGAUAUUGGUCUUCUUUGCCAGAACGCCCGAACCUACAACGAAGACGGCAGCAUUCUAUUCCAGGACGCGAACGACAUCGAGGCGAAAUGUCUUGCCGAGCUAAGAAAAGAAACGGAAGGUCACCCGCAGUUCGCCAAUUUCGAUGGCUCGUCAUCACCGCUCGGGAACGAUCUUUCGGCUGCAGCUGUUUCUGGAGCUGAUACCCCAAGUGCAGCUGCCACACCGGGACAACCGAAGCUGAAACUUACCUUUAACAGCGGCAAUCGGGACCCUGUAGGAAUGGCAAAUGGAGGGAUGAAUGAAGAUGAGUAAUGCAGCUGUUGACUCUUUGUUGAUACAUAGUUCUUGUGUGUGUGUGUGUGUGUGUUUUUUUUUUUUUUUUUUUUAAAAAAAAAAAAAAACUAUUUUG